AUGCUUAAGAUGAACAAACGAGGCAAGGAUGUCAACUGGUCAAAGUUAGCAAAUGCAUCGCCUAAACCAAAGAGACUUCACUUGGAAGAGGAUGACUGUUAUGGUCUUUUCUGCCCAGUGCAAAUUUGUAAAAAACCACGAUGGAUUCACUACGAAUAAGAGGCUGUAGAAAGCACGUAAAGAUCAAACACAGUUGGUACUAUUACUUCGACCCGUAGCCAGACAGUGUGCAAAUCGAUACCCUUAAUGUCGAUGAAACCGACAAAUGUGAAGCCAGUGAUCAGAAGAUUAUACCGCUUAAAAGCAGGGCAAUUGCCUCUUUUGAUACUACGAACAAAAUUGUCAAGAACUUUUUUUCGUGGCUCACUGGCGGUGGUGGGGACUGUAAAAGUGAUCGACAAACACAACAGAUCGUAAGCAAGUGAUAAAAGUUUCUCAAAUUUUGUUGCGAAGACGAAGAGGAGCUCACAUUUGACAUUGUGGACUUUAGUUUAUGUUCACCGAAUUUUCUUUUCAAGUUUGUUGAUACGAUGCAGGAUGAUUGGAACCUGGGACACACGGGACGCAUAGGCUAAUUGAACGCCAUUGCAGAAUUGGUGGAUUAUCAAAAAGUGAAUGGAGCAUCGGAAUCAGUAUUGAGGGGACUGGCUUCAACAGAAAUUUACUUGAAAAAGGUGCGCAAAACCGUUUCCAAAAUGAUGCGGUUGCAGUGGACCAAUGAACUCGACAUCGAUGCCUUAGAAGCUAAGGGACACUGA